GUGGAAGUUCUCUCAUGCCCAGUAGAUACCCGCACUAGUAUUCUCUUCAUAAGUGCCUCAAUUGGAUCUUCCUUUACUAACCUAGGACGUUCACUCAUACCCAGAGCAGAGAGAGCAUGUCAGCCGUCUCCUUAUCGACCUUGAUGUGAUCCGUCUUGAUGGCGGAUUCAUCGGGGACGAAGUCCAUGCGUCGUUCGCGCACCUCGUCCUGCAACUUGAGCGAGAUGCCCCGAACCCGACCCUUCUGGUUGCGCUCCAUGAGAUGGGUCGAGAAUCCGGCAAUCUGGUAGCAAAGGCGCUUGGAAGGGAUUAUGGGAACCUGAUCGAGUAUAUAUGUUCUUGUUGGUGUGGAAAUCAAGAGUCAUUCUCGAGUAGUAGCAGCUCGAUUUCUUGCCGAGAUGACUUCUUCACCGUCUUGGUACGGACUCGUCCCAUGGCUGCUCCUGCUUCACUCUUUAAAUGCUGAGUCCUCGCUAAUUUUAUUUCAGUUUCUCUUUCUAGACUAUUUUUUAAGUAGGAGUGAAUGCGUAAUUGUUCAAUUGAACUGAAAAAAUGAUAAUGGGCCAACUGUCUUGAUUAUUAAGGAUAAUGAAGGAUAUAUAUAUGGGGGUUAUGCUUCCCACCCUUGGGAGAGGCAUAGUGAUUUCUAUGGAGAUAUGAAGUCUUUUCUCUUUCAGCUCCAUCCAAAGGCAUCUAUAUUCAGACCAACUGGGACCAACAACAAUUUACAAUGGGUCUGUUUCUGCUUGGUUUCCUACUUUGCUGAAACAAAUGUGCUUUGAAUUGUUUAUUUCUUUGAUUUCAAUGAAUUUUAUAUGAUGGUUCUCACACUUUUCUUUCUUUAUUCGGCUUGCUGUGAUUAGUUAAGCCCUGUAGGAAAGCUUUAUAUAUGAUAUUGCUCACUUGGUGCAGCAAGUGUAGGAUAUUUGUAUUUCAACCCUUCCUUUUCCCCGAUUGGAAUUUUUCUGCAAUUGUUAAGCUCUGUUAUAAUUAGAAGGGCUACUGUAAAAUGGAUCAUUGCUUACUUGAUAGGUCUUAUUAACUGUUCAAACUGUGAGUUAAUUCAAGGGUUUCUCUUUCUGAACUUGGAUGAAGGUGGGUUUGACACUGGAAUAAAAGAAUCUUUAAUUCUAUUGCACCUUAAUUGACCAUUCAUCCUCUUUUUUUUUCCUGAAAUAGUUGAUUUUUUUUCCUCGUUUCUUUUAUCUCUAGUUUCUACUUUAGUAGUUGGAAAGUAGCGCCCAGUUCCCACGGUCGGCGGUAUUCCAUUUCCUU